AGUGAUAUAUCUCUUUUCAAUAAUAUACUUGAUUUUAACCGAAAACCGAUAAAAAGUAGAAAAAUUGAAACAUUCCACCAAUAUUUCCUGUGGCGUACUUUAGACUCGACUACUCCCAGAUGAUUCCAAAAUUAAACACAGCGUCUCGUAUUCUCCGCUCUCCACCAACUUUCAACGCACAUGAAGUGAACCCGUGAUUAGUGUCAUUUUUCAGUAAAUUUUCUUUUUAAUGAGUGUUUCGUGGUGAAUUGUAUCAUGGAUCUAGGAACAGAUAUAUGGGGCCAACUAGCCCUGGAAGCCAGUCAGGUCUAUUUGACAGAAGAUGGCAAAGUUCGGAGUCCAUUCGCAAACACGACAAUUGAAAAAUUACCCGACAAAGUUUUAUUAAAUAUAUUUUCGUAUUUAUCACACCGGGAAAUAUGCCGCAUGGCUAUGGUCUGCAAAAGGUGGCGCCUAGUAGCUUACGACACCAAACUGUGGACGCACGUCAGUCUACGACCUGAAAUAUCUGGAUUACACGUCGGUUCUUUGGAAUCGCUAUUGGCAUUGAUAUCAAUAAGAUUUGGACCGUCUCUUCGUUACAUAGAGCUACCAAUCGAGCUGAUCACGCACACUGUUCUACACGAGUUGGCUGCGAAAUGUCCUAAUUUGACCCACAUGCUACUUGAUUUUAGUACUGCCAUGCAGCUGCACGACUUCUCCGAGAUGCAGGCGUUCCCCACGAAGCUGCGCUACCUGUGCAUCUGCCUGUCCGAGGUCAUCUUCAUGGAGGGCUUCAUGCGAAAGAUAUACAACUUCAUCAACGGCCUUGAGAUUCUACAUCUUAUUGGAACGUAUGAGAAGAUAGAAGAGGAAGAGGAGGAAAUCUACGAAGUCAUCAACGUGCACAAGUUGAAGUCCGCCACACCCAACUUGCGCGUGAUCAACCUCUACGGCAUCAACUUCGUGGACGACUCGCAUAUUGACGCUUUCAGCUCAAAUUGCAUACAGUUGGAGUGCCUGGCAGUGAACUUCUGUAAUAAGGUCACGGGUUCCACCAUGAAGACGCUUUUUCAACGCUCUCGGCGUCUCACUUGCCUGCUCAUGAAUGGCUGCAGUCUUCAAUCAGAGCACGUAAUGGCGGUCGAGUGGGAGAAGUCCUCUAUCCAAGAACUGGACGUGACAGCCACAGACUUGUCCACGGAAUGCCUUAUCGACAUGUUGACUCGCGUGCAGAAUCUCCGCUUUUUGAGCGCCGGUCAGAUCAACGGGUUCAAUGACUCCGUGCUCAAGGCCUGGCUGGAAGCUGGGACUGCCAAAAACCUUGUCGCCCUGGACGUGGACUCGUCCGACAACUUGAGCGACGAGGCUCUGCACCGUUUCUUGUCGCGCUACGGCUCGCAGUUGUGGGGUCUGGUGUGUAGCGGCAUGCCGCACAUCACGGACCAGCUGUGGCAGAGCGUGUUGCAGCUCUUGACUAACGCUAAAAUAUUAAUAAUGGGGACACAGGAGAGACUUGGAGUCAAUAUUCACGUUGAUCAGCUAAUGGACGGCAUAGCGAACAACUGCCCCAACUUGGAGCGCCUGGAGCUCCGCUGGGACCCUGAAAACCUUCGCUUUAGCGACAAGAGCCAGAAGGCCAUCGACAUUCUGCGUGUCAAGUGUCUUAAGCUGAAAUGUCUCGUGCUCAGCGACGGCCGGUACUACGAGAUCGUGAAAGCCAACUUCGAGCGCGCGGACCGCACCACCGUCGUCCGUACCUCUACAAACUGCCGCGUGUCCAAUUAUUAUCUGCUGUCCAACUACAAGGAGCUCAUAUUCAACUAGAUGUUCAGCGCCGAUCACGAAACAGUGUCGUGAACGAUAACUUAUGACCGCACCUCCACGGACUGCCGCGUGUCCAAUUAUUAACUGCUGUCAUAAGGAGCUAUAGGUACCUUCAGCGCCGAUCCCGACACAGUGCCGUGAAGGAAAACUAUACUAACACAACCGUCGUCUGCACCUCUACAGUAACUGCCGCGUGUCCAAUUACUGCCUGCUGUCCAACCACAGUGAGAUCAUAUUAAACUAGACCCUCAGCUCCGAUGACGACUAGCUGUCGCACCUUCACCAAUUGCCACGUCUCCAAUUACUUGCUGUCCUGUUGUUGGCUGUUGUUGUUGUGUGUGUGACAAGGAACUCAUAUACAACUAGACCUUCAGCGCCGAUGAGGACAGUGUCGUGACUGCACCUUCAACCACUGCCGCGCGUGUCCAAUCAUUACCUGCUGUCCAACUACAAGAACCUCAUAUUGAACUAGAUGUUCCGCGCCGAUCACGACAGUGUCGUGAAGGAAAACUAUUGGGCGCACAACCGUCGUCCGCUCCUUUACUAACUGCCGCAUAUUCAAUUAUAUAUGUACCUGCUGUCCAACUACAAGGAGCUAAUAUUCAGCUAGACCGUCAGCACCGAUCACAAUACCCUGUCGUGAUGCCAGACUCCAGCGUUAACCUGUUGGUUUUUAACUAAAAAGAUUUACUAAAUAUAUAUCUGCGUCGUUUUACAUAUGCAUCGAUUCUGUAUGUUGUCCAAAGGAUAUAAAUAAGGACAAAGCCGAGCUACAAAAACUGCCAAAUCUUGAAAUCUGUGACGAAAAGGACAGAUGAUAACGACCCACCUUUACCCUUUUAGCAAUAGUACGUCGUUAUUCCGAGGUCACUAAACUGAAGAACAAGAACCAGCCAAAGGAAAAUAAGUUCAAAAGUUUCUCGAAUUUCAAACUUUUCAAAGUCACGAAAAUAAUUGUCUUGAGAAAACAAGACAAAUCGUUUGUUGGUUUAUUGACCACUGCUAUGAUUGGGAAACUUUUCCCAGUCAGCCAAGAUUAUGAUUAGGCAAGUUUUUAGAGCGCCGUACAAAACUUUAUUGACGGAGCCCUUAUGGGAUCGCUUCGGUCUUGCAAAUCAAUUAAAUGCGUUUUUAUAAUAUUUCUGUAACAUGAGAAUAAUCCUACCUUUUAAAUUUAAAUGUGAAGUGUCAAGCGUUUGUUCUGUAAGUAUUAAAUUAUUUUCAUUAAAAAAGGGAUGUUAGAAAGAGGAAAGAUUUUAUAGUAGAUAUAAAUAAGGUGCUGCCAUAAGAUAUUAUAUUUUGUAUGUAUGUUCCCUUUUGACGUCUGUUAUAAUAAACUGUUAGAUCCGUA